AAUGUCGAGUUCUGACUUCGGAGUGGUCGUGGCCGGUUAAGACAUGCGGAAUCUGCCGUUUGUUUGGGUGCGCUACCGAACCCUAACCCUAGACCUGCUGCCUCGCCUCCGUCCCUUCUCCACCGAUGCGCCCGGUGGCGGCAGCGUGGCCGUGAAGCAGGUGACGAGGUCCAAUUUCAACGCGGCGCUGGAGGGCCUUAGGGCCUGCGUGGAGGAGUCGGACUUCGUGGCCGUUGACCUUGAGAUGACCGGCGUGACGAGUGCCCCAUGGAGGGACUCGUUCGAGUUCGACCGCUCCGAUGUCCGUUACCUUAAGCUGAAGGACUCCGCUGAGAAGUUCGCCGUCGUGCAGUUCGGUGUCUGCCCCUUCCGCUGGGAUUCAUCCAAGGGCUCCUUCUUCGCCCAUCCGCAUAACUUCUAUAUCUUUCCACGGAAAGAGUUGCCACUUCAUGGGCCACCUGAUGAUUUCCUAUGGCAAGCAACAUCCAUCGACUUCCUUGCCAAAUACCAAUUUGACUUCAAUGCAUGCAUAUAUGAAGGAAUAUCUUAUUUAUCCAGAGAACAAGAAGGAGAAGCCCUCAAAGGUUUAUCUUCAGAGUACCUUGAGGGAUUAGCUAAUUCCUUUUGUAAUUUUGAGGAGCCUGUGGAUAUACCAAUUGCGAGAACAUCUGACAUUCUUUUUUCGGAGAGGAUGAAGAACAAGCUUCAUAAAUGGCAUGAUUCUAUACUUAGAAGUCCUGACAAAGCUUACAUUGACAAAGAAGAUGCUGGUAUCAACAACGCACAAUUUCAAACAGUUUUCUUUAAGAUGCGUCCUGCUAUCAUGCUAAAUGGGUUUACCUCCCACCAGCUGAAGUUGAUUCAACUGGUUGUGAAAAAGCACUUCAAUGACCUCAUGUAUGUUCGUGUUGUUGAUGAGGACAACUCAUGGCAAAGGAGGGUAGUCUAUGUCGACACAAAUGAAGAUAAGGCUUUAUUGAUGAAAGAUGUCCUUGAAGAUCUGAGAAAAAAUGCAGAAAAAAGAAUCAAGUCUUCUGUUGGAUUUCGGCAUGUUGUUGAUCUUCUUGCAUCAGCAGGAAAAUUGAUUGUUGGUCAUAAUUGUCUUCUAGAUUUAGCUCAUAUAUACAACAAAUUUUUUGGUCCUCUUCCUUCAUCUUUGACGGAAUUUGUGCAAGCUGUCCAUGAAAAAUUCCCCCACAUUGUUGACACUAAGCACCUUUUGAACUCAAACCAAACAAUUCAGAGUUUGAUGAAAAAGAAUCGCAAGUCAUUGUCUUCUGCCUUCUCUCUUUUAUGCCCCAACGUAUCAUCUAAUUUCCAGACCACUUCCAAGUCUUACUUGAGAUUUGAGGUCCAAACAGAUGAAAUUAGUUCAUCUUGCUUCAAUUCUGGCGCGAAGCAUGAGGCAGGUUAUGAUGCUUUUAUGACUGGAUGCGUUUUUGCUCGGGCCUGCUCUCUUAUGGGCGUCAAAUUUGAUGUCGGUUCACCAUCAUUCGAUCUGCCCAGAAAUGCCAAGAUCAAUAAAUACAUCAAUGUUCUAUACCCUAGCUGGAACAGUGGGACAGUAGUCCAUUUAGAUACUGGCACUGAGUUUCUGGAUCCAAAUUAUAAACAUAGGUAUCCGCCAGUGAUCUAUGCGAACACCACACUUAUUUGGGGAUUUCUGCCCAAGUUGAAGCCAAAGGAUUUGAAGGAGUGCAUCAUUAAAGUGUUCGGUCUAGAUUCAGUCAAGUCAGUAUUCUUUAUCGAUAGAACAUCUGCGCUAAUCCAAUUCGGCAAGGAGGAAUUUGUACAUAAAUUUUUAGCUUUGAAGAAUUCUUUAGAGGACAAUCAUGAUCUAGUUUCAGUACUACACCCUCUUUCAAAGUUACUAGAAGGUGGGAACACACGAGCUGCUGAUUACGAUACUUACAGAGACAUCUGUGCUGGUUCUGCUUCAAAGGUUUUAUUUGCAGAUCAAGCCGAUUCCUUGGGCAUCACCUGGAAAACAAAAGUCUGCGCUGCCAGAAUGCAAGACACUGAGGAUGUUUGCUGUCGCGAAACAACGGAAGACGGUUCUCUGGCAAAACAUUCAAAUGGGAAGAAAAAUGAUUUCAAAAGGCAAUCGAAGCACCAGUCUUCCUACGAAGAGAUCAUAGGUUCUCUCUUUUCUUCCAAGACAUUGCUUGAAAGAGCAUCUUAAAACAUCUGCAGCAUGUGUUAUCGCCAGGAAAUUUUGAUUCUGGAGCGAAUUGAUUUCUCCAAGAAGGUUGACAUGUAUUCUAAAUAAAUUAUCGAUCUCAUUUAUUAGCUCUUA